AUGGAGUCUAGAGUCUUUAUUUUAGCAGUCCUGGCGAUUUUUGGUCAAUUUUUGCACUUGAUGGGCGACGGAACGUGCGGGAACUACAGAAUAGAUAUCAAGAAAAAUAUACAUGCCAAAAAACGGUUGUUAAAUCACGGAAUUUUGAAUGUUACGAUAGCGCAUCCUUUUCAGUGCCUUACAAAAUGCAGUGAGCAUUGUCUAUGCGAGUCUUUUAGCAUAUGUGCUUCAGGAAAACGGUGUGAGCUGAGCCAAUCUACGAAGGAGGAAUCCACAACUGAUUAUGUGGACGACACAGGGUGCACAUAUUAUGAUAUGGAAAGAGAGUUGCCUUCCCAACAGGUAAGGUGAUGCUAACCUUAUUGAUGCUGGAUAGCUUUAUCAGUUCUAAACUGUUUUCCCUGAGAUCCAGUAAGGAUCAUCUAUUCUUCAUCCAGUGUUACUACAGGAGGAAACUGGAGUAUACUAGGAAGAAUCUUGCGUGUUUGGAAGACUCAAACUGAAUCGAUGUCGAGUAGUGUACCUUAUUAACGACAGAUUCGAACAUUUUGGAACUGAUAGAGCUAACCAGCGUAAGUAAAGUUUAAUAGUUUAGUUCUCUUUCUGUUGUAAGAAUAAUACAUCAAUAAGGGUUAAUUAUUGUUAGUGGGCCUCUAGCGCGAACAGUUUAGAACUGAUAGAGCUAUAUCCAGUACAAAUAAAGUUCGUUUAGGUUUCCUCCUGUAGUAACACUGGAUCAAUAAGAUAUAGAACAGUUUAGGACUGAGCUAUCCAGUACAAAUAAAGUUGAUUCGUUUAGUUUUUUGCCUUUAGCAAGACUUGAGCCAGUCACUGUCUCCAAAAGUCAAGCGGACUGCAAGCGUGUCAUUAAAUCUACAUAUCUUAUUUUUUAGUCCGAAGGUCCAACUACGGUGCCUUGUGGAACUCCAGCUAAGAACGAAUAUUGCUGUCGCUAUAGCAAUCCAUGUUUAAACGAUGGCGAAUGCGUUGGAUUUUGUCCUGACUCCGGAAAACGCUUUGAAUGUCAUUGCAGCAGCGGUUACUAUGGCGACCGCUGCCAGAACAAGCCGAUGACUUGCCAAGAUUACUGGAAUGAUCCUAAACCAGCUAACGGAGCAUAUGACUUAUACGAUCAAACUGGAGUGCUAUACAAAGCGUUUUGCGAUUUCCAUUCGGAAGAAGGCCUCGCUUGGACAUUAGUGUUGUCUCGUAGUCGGGUAACUGUGUUGCCACCACUUCUUCAAGAUUUUCCUGCUAGAAAUUUAGCCAGUCCGGAAAACGGUGUCAUUUGGAACGAAUACUCCUUAGCGAGGUGUGGCUUUGUUAUGUUUUUAAAAAAUAAAUUCUUGUUUGCCUUAGACCUUUAUCCAGUUAAUCCAGGGUCGGUCGACCAAAUCCUGCUUGUAAUAUCUUCUGUCAAAUUUCGUCCCGUCUUGAUGUUUUCUGUCCAUCUUUCCUACCAAUUACCAUUUUGGACUUGUUGUCUUUGACCAGCCGUUCCAUCAUCCGCUCUGCAUGUAGAUGCUCAAAACAUCUUAGCCUACUUUCCCCAAGCUUUCCUGUGAGGAUACAUGCUUCAACUCAUUUCUGAUAUGAUCGUUUCUUUUCUUGCAUCUCUGUAGUUCCUUUCUGCUCAAUGUCGCACUCCUGCAAUAACAAUACUGGUCGUAUAGUUGUUUCGUACACGUACUUCACCUUCAGUUUCAGUCUUUGCAUUCGCUUGUCGUCAGAGACAAGACAAGACAAGACAAAAACUUUAUUGACCCAUUUUUACAACAUUAAAAGACAUUAAAUAAAUAAACAUUUUACAAUUUUACAAUUUUAUUAUAGGGUCCUGGCAAUCCUGAAAUAACCUGGGAUAGCUAAAAAUACCAGGAUGCCAGUUUACUUUUUAAUAUUGUAAUAAACACACAAUCAUUCUUAGAUGCAUUUGCAACUGGUAACAGACUCCUCAAUAAAUUAUGUCAGUGACCAAGUCUAUACUCCUUUGCUCUAUCUUUGCUCAGCCGGAUCUGUCCUUAAGUGCACGAAAUAAUACCACAUUGGGGGGAGGGGGGGGGGGCACAUUAGCCCCGCCGUAUACAAAUUGCUAAUGUGUAUCAAUAUGGUAUCACUCAAUGCUAAUUUAUUAUUAAGAGGCAAUUGUUAUUGAUGCUGUAAAAUUGACGCCAUAUUUAUACAGCAAUAUAAGCAAAACUUACUGAACUUCAGACAUUGUUUUCUCUUUGAUAUACCAUCUAAAAUCUCUUCAUCAAAGCAUAAUUUUAUAGAUAGAGCACUAAACAUACUUUUUAAGUUUGUUCGCCGCUUGAGAAACGUAUUAAAAAUUUAAAAAUUUGAAUAUAAUCAUGAGCAUUUUGAGCGCGUUUUACGUAACAUACAAAAGAUUCCCUUCUUAAACAGAUCUGCCAUGGGGCACGUUAGCGCAUUAUCCACCCACUGGAGACUGACCUGCGAGUACAACACGCGUGGCGUGGAUUACGUGGACUACGCACGUGGAAAAAUAGCUGAAACAGAUUUGAUGAAUUAUGAUUCGACGCUAUUCAGACAAUCGGACAGAUGUCGCCUUGUGGAAUAUGUGAAUAUACGUGGAAAAUCGUGUAGUCAUUGCACUAUGGGUAUGUAAAGUAAUGUAUACAGCACAUUAACGGUCAUGUCGUAUAAGACAAGUGGGAGGACAGUGUGCGUAUUAGAGAGGGGUCCCUAUUGCAGAGUUGUAUGUAUUAGAGAGGUGUCUGUAUUAAAGAGGUUUUAAUUAGAUUAGAGACGUGUCUGUACUAUAAAGGUGUCUGUAUUGGAGAGGUGUCUGUAUUAGAGAGGUGUCCGUAUUGGGGAGAUGUCUGCAUUAGAGAGUUGUCUGUAUUAGAGAGGUGUCUGUAUUAAAGAGUUGUCUGUAUUAUAGCUAGAGGUGUCUGCAUUAGAGAGUUGUCUGUAUUAGAGAGGUAUCUGUAUUAGAGAGGUGUCUAUAUUAGAGAGUUGUCUGUAUUAGAGAGGUGUCUGCAUUAGAGAGUGAUUAUGAUUAUUCAGCUCACUUCCCAUCGGGGCUUUUUAGUGACCGAUUACAUCAAGUAUUACCCCUACUUGUAUUACUUCGGCUAAGCUUAGGCUUAUUUUUACUACAAUUGUGGUACUACUUUCCUAACUAUAUUUAUCCUAACCCAUCCUGUCAACUUUCCCUGUGAGAGGAAACCGAAGUGCCCGGAGAAACCCCACGACUUUCGGCAGAGCGUUGACAGACUCUUUUCACAUGAGUCCGUAGCUAGAAUCGAACACACGAUCUCUGGGAUGAAAGGCAUUUGCUCUGAUGACUACGGCACCGAAGUGCCACGACUGCGCACCGAGUGUUAUCUGUAUUAGAGAGGUGUCUGUAUUAGGGAAGCGUCUCUAUUAGAGAGUUGUUUGUAUUAGAGAAGUGUCUGUAUUAGAGAGGUGUCUGUAUUAGGGAGGCGUCUCUAUUAGAGAGUUGUUUGUAUUAGAGAAGUGUCUGCGUUAGAGAGGUGUUUGUAUUAGAGAUUUAUCCAAAUGGACCUAUUCCCUAAUGAACAAAAUUUUAAUCUAGACAAGUCUAGACAAAAAUUUCAUCACAGCUUGAAAGAGCAUCAUAAAAUUAGUAAUAUUUCGAAGUUUCGUUGCGAAAUGUUGUAAAAUGCGGAUAAUAUAGCCCUGCGAAGUUUGCCGUUUUUCAGUCAUUUUGUAUUACGCACGGGAAAUUGAUACCUUUUUUCGGAAAGCGGUAUCAAUUUCCCGUGCGUAAUACAAAAUGACUGAAAAACGGCAAACUUCGCAGGACUAUAUUAUCCGCAUUUUACAACAUUUCGAAACGAAAGUUCGGAAAUUAAUAUUACUAAUUUUGUGAUGCUCUUUCAAGCUGUGAUGAAAUUUUUGUCUAGACUUGUCUAGAUCAAAAUUUUGUUCAUUAGGGAAUAGGUCCAUUAGAAGAGUCUCUGUAUCUGAGGAGAUGUGUUCACAUUACAAAAGUGUCUAAAGUAUUAAAGCAAUAUAGAAAGUUAGAGACAUAUACGAUGCGGCAAACUAAAACUUAGCGGCGCAUCUUCGAAAAAAGAUGUUUUUCAUGCAAGGCAAAAAGUAUAAACAGUUAGUGAUCCUAGCAAUAUCCUCGUCAUUCUCAACAACACGUUAAACUAAGCAUUUUCAUGUCUUAUUUGCGACGUCAAGGCGGAGAGGUAUUACGGCAUAAAGUCAGCUUUAUAACAAACAUGUACGGAUCGCUUUUCCCGCGAACUUAGCAGAUGUAUGGUAAUUUUAAAAGGCUUCAAGUAUCUAUCAUAGCUGUGGCGCUCAAAUUCCUUAGUGCUUAUCCUUGAGCUAUAAAAUUGAGACAGCGUCGUCGACUUUGCCGCGUCGUAGAUGGUCUGUAAGGAAUAUCGACAGUAAUUCGUCAUUUACACGAUAUUUUCUAGCUUUGAAUCAAAAGGGACUUAUUCUCCAUUUGACGCGAUCCCUUGAAGAGGUAUACGGUUGUGAUUUAAACUUGGACGAAUUCAAGAAUGACUGCUCAUCGGGUGAUGAGUAUUACUUUGGAGGGCUUCAUCCAAGGAGUAGUCUAUGCUGUACUGGUAAUCACCGCUGUGCAGCGACUGCUGACUCAACUGGACAGAUCUGGUUUGGUGGUUCACGAAGUUAACUAUUUUGCU